ACUGCCACUCAGAGCUCAGGGGAGUUAAAGCUUCCUAGGUUGGCCUGUGGAGCUGAGCAGAGUCAUGGGUUCUCUGGUCCUCCAUCUGAGCGCUGUCUUCUGCCUGGUGGCUCGCUCGGCUUCUGGCAGCCCCAUCACGGGGCUUGAGCAGUCACCCCUGGAAGAAGACAUGCCCUUCUUUGAUGAUAUUUUCACAGAGCAAGACGGUAUUGACUUCAACACACUGCUGCAGAGCAUGAAAGACGAGUUUCUCAAGACGCUGAACCUGUCGGACAUUCCCCUGCAGGACACAGGCAAAGUGGAUCCGCCGGAGUACAUGCUGGAGCUCUACAACAAAUUCGCCACGGACCGGACCUCCAUGCCGUCUGCUAACAUCAUCCGGAGCUUCAAGAAUGAAGGUCUGUUUUCUCAACCAGUCAGUUUUGAAGGGCUCCGGAAAUACCCUCUCCUCUUCAAUGUGUCCAUCCCUCACCACGAAGAGAUCGUCAUGGCUGAACUCAGGCUGUACACGCUGGUACAGAGAGAUCGCAUGAUGUAUGACGGUGUGGACCGUAAAAUCACCAUUUUCGAAGUCCUAGAGGAUGGCGAGGGUGGCGAGGAGGAAAGGAGCAUGCUGGUCUUAGUGUCAACAGAGAUCUACGGAAUCAACAGUGAGUGGGAGACGUUUGAUGUCACGGAUGCCACCAGACGUUGGCAGAAGUCAGGCGCGUCUACCCAUCAGCUGGAGAUCCACAUUGAAAGCACACAAAACCAAGCUGAGGACACCGGGAGGGGACAACUGGAAAUAGAUAUCAGUGCCCAGAAUAAGCACGACCCUUUGCUUGUUGUGUUUUCUGAUGACCAAAGCAACGACAAAAAGCAGAAAGAGGAACUGGACGAAAUGAUCGCCCAUGAGCAGGAUCUGGACCUGGACGCAGAUGAUUUCUCCAGCAGGCCUGACGAAGCGGCCCUGCUGCAGAUGAGGUCGAACAUGAUCGAUGACUCGACAGCGCGAAUCAGGAGGAACGCCAAGGGCAACUACUGCAAGAAGACGCCCCUCUACAUCGACUUCAAGGAGAUCGGCUGGGACUCCUGGAUCAUUGCUCCACCGGGGUACGAGGCCUAUGAGUGCCGAGGGGUCUGCAACUACCCUCUGGCGGAGCACCUCACACCCACAAAACACGCCAUCAUCCAGGCCUUGGUCCACCUCAAGAAUUCCCAGAAAGCUUCCAAAGCCUGCUGUGUGCCCACCAAGCUGGAUCCCAUCUCCAUCCUCUAUUUAGAUAAAGGUGUUGUCACCUACAAGUUCAAAUACGAAGGAAUGGCCGUGUCUGAAUGUGGCUGUAGAUAGGAGAGGCGCCCCUUGGCUUAUUUAAUAACUGCAAAUCUGUAUAUUUUGUGUUCUAUUUAAUGAGACUAUUUAAUGAAGGUGUACAGAUAAUAGAGGGUGCCACCUUAGGAAGCGGACAGGUCAGCGUGCUGUAGAAAAUGUGUAUUUUGUUAUACAAUCCAGUCCCUUCCGCUCAUCUGCUUUGUACUCUCAUUUCCCAGUGAUACCAUCUCUAACAACAAAACAUAGGCCGGUACCACUUACCCUCUGUCAGUUUGGAAAGAGCAAGCCCUACAGGAAAUAGGCUCAAGACACAGAUAUUCGUGCAUAUUAAUGCAGGAGUACAUGGACUUACGAAAAUCUUUUUGUUCAACAGAGGCAGACUCCUCACACAUGUGAGUGGCUUCCUCAGAAUGUAUGUAUUCUGGGACAUGGGAUUUAGGCUAAGAAAGUUCAUAUCAGGAGUUUAACCACCUACAGAAGUAUAUUUUCCAAAUGUUCUGGGAAUGUAAAUGUAGUAGUUCUUUCCCGUUGUAUCUGCCAUGGCUCAGACCUUCAGGCUCAAGAGCUGUGUGGGGUUGGCAGAUACACAAAACAAAAUGGCCUUCACGGGCAAUGGUCCCAGAGACGUCUUUGUAAAGAAUGGGCCUCUGGGCCAUGUACUCCAGAGGAGAGAGUCUGACACUCCCUCAGUCAACCAGAGGCAAGGCCACAUGUGCCAGCCCUUACUGUUGCAGAGAGCUCUGGAGGUGGUGGAGGGAGGGAAGGGAAAGGGCACAGAUAUUGUCCUCGCGUGUGAUGGUAAAAUCAUCACAAUUUUAAUGGGAUAAUAAGUCUUUUCAAACAAAAUAAAAUGAUCCAAGACUAAGAGGACUAUGAGAAGGAAGUUGUUCAAUGGACUCAAUUGAAAAUACUCCUCACUUCAUGACCUCCUUCCCUGGCUGGCCACCUCUGCCUUUUCUCCUGUCUUCUUCCCUUUGUUUAACUUCCUUCCCAUCAUGCCUCUUGUUUCUUGUCUUCCUCUCCCCUUCAUUACCCAUGACAUGGGCCAUGAGGGCGCCCCUGAAAGCACUUUCACUCAGUGUGACAUCAGUUACUGGUCCUACUUCCAGGCUUAUUCUGGACAUUCAACUUGAUUUGAUUUUAGCUAUAUUCUUUAUGCUGUUUUUCAUGAAGAGGACAGAACACAAGAAGACUAGAGUCCAAGUGACUAUAUUCAAGCCCAUGAAUUAAUAGACACAUAAGCACAUGACUCAAACAUUGAGCUUCAACUUUGAACUCAGUCUUGAUCUUGGGAGAAACCCUAAGUCGUCCCCAUUCUUUCCACUCUUCCCUCCUUCCUGUUUGAAAUGAUUGUUCAUCACCAGGCAGGUUGUAAGGACACUGAGACCCUGGUCCUUGUCCUACAGCUUCCUGUUAGGAUCCUAGCUCUGUAGAAGGAGCUAGAGCAGGCAGGUCCUAAAUCACUGCAGCACUGGCAGAGAGGUGACACAGUGAUUCACAUAGAAAUAUGGUCUUCAGCACAUUGCCCAACCCUACCCUGUUGAAUAUAUAUAUAUAUAUGAAUAUAUAUGAAUAUAUUGAAUAUAUAUAAUUCAAUAUAUUCUUCUAUAUUGAAUAUAUAUAUAUAUAAAUUCUGGGGUAGCUAUCAGCUUCCUUUCCACAAACUUCUUUGGGCUAUAUGUUCUGUCAAGGAGAGGUAUUUUCUGAAUUUGUUCUUCAAAUCUAUGUAUCUAGUCAGUCAGCAUGCAAAUCUCAGAGAAGCUGUUGCCCUAGAAGAGGAAUAUUCUGCUCAUCAGUGGGGACAUAGUGAGGGGCAUUUUGUGGCUGAAAGGGCGAUUCUGCUAAGAAGCCUCUGUGUUAGACUCUUUCUGAUAUCGUGUUUGAGCACAUGCGUGACUCUGUGCAUGUAUAGCCGGCAUCGGCUAGCCGUGCCAGCAACCCUGAGGAAAUGGUACAUCCUUCACACUUUAUGAUCCACCACACAUACUCAUACUCCAUGGUACUGCCGGUCCUUUCUCAAGGAUACCGUCCUAGAAAAAUAAUAACAUUUUCAGCUCAUCAGGAACAGUUUAUCCUAAGUUCUGGUCAUGGCUCCACAACCAGCCCAGGACAGAAAGAAGCCCAGCUUUGUACUUUCAAGAGUUUAGAUGUGUCGUGUGAUGCCAAAUGGCUGGCAAACCCAAGGACAACAUGACAGCCAGGUCCCCAUAGCUGUGCGCUUUCUGGCCACAGAGCACCACUGACACUCACAUUCUGACACUAGAGGCGUCAGCUCUUGAGUCCUGCCAUGCCCAUCGCUGCCCGCGCAGCCAGAUCCGGGGAGACCUUGUGAGCUACUGAAGAGAGGUGACAGCUGAGGCUGUCUGCCUACCCCACAUGCUGCUCCAUUUACUGCAGUGCAAACACAAGCUGUGUUCUCGUGAUGGUCUUCUUGUAGAAAGGUGUGCAGAUAGUCAAGUGUUGCUGUUUUCAUUAUUGUUGUGAAUUUUGCUUCCUUAUCAGAAAGCAGAGUGACAAAAGCCAUAAAUAGAAGCAUGCUUCUGCCUUCUCCCAGCAGCUGCCUACGGCCUUUCCACUUCCCUGCCUUAACCUGAAGCCACAGGGUGGCUUCUCAGGAAACUGAAACUUGUGACAUGUUUCUUCAAUGACCGAUCUUCCACUAUGGCUUGUCCAUACCAAUCUUGUUCUCUUUUUCUUUCUUUCGCUCUGACACCAAAGCUGAUAAACCUAACGACUCUUGACAGAAACUCCAGCAUGGGCACUCAGGCAGGCCACCACCAGCACAGCCAUGUAAAAGUUCUUAGGCUUCUUACUAUUUAUUGAUUAAUAUAUUUAUUUUUGUAAUAUAGUGUAGAAUAUUAAAUAUUUUAUUUUUAUGUGUGUGAUUCCCUCUUGAAUAGAAUAGCUUUCCCUGCAGUUCAUAGCAUACUCUUUCCAGAAGGGUAGCUUGUUUGGAAUUUACACCUCUAUGUCCAUCUCUGUUUUUUUUGUUUUGUUUUGCAUCAAACUGUCCUCUUAUUUUAAGGGAUCCGGCCAUAACUUUGUGUAUUUGUGUCUUGUGUCCCUGUAUCUGCUGAUUUGUGAAUAGCAGAGUUUAACUGAAGUACAGAUGUUUCCAAUGUAUUUUGUCAAUAAAUGGCAAGCCAUCAUCCUAAGACAGCAUGGUCACUUUAUCAUGACAGCGAAACAUUGUCAGCCCUAAGUGAAUAUAAUUACUAUUCCAUUAAUGAAAGUGGCAUUUAACUGGACCCCUCCAGCAAGGAAUGGGCCUCUUUUCUGAAAACACCCAUUACCUCCCUGAUCUGCCAGUUCAGACAAACAAUUGUAUCAAAAAAAGUCAAGGGUAUCAAUGUAAAGAUUCCUCAGUCACUCUGGCAGCAACCUGUCUUUUUCCAGUGUAAAAAUUUUUAGUCUGGGGAUUUAAUGUUGAAAUACUUUUUAAAAAAAUUAUUAAUAUGAUUUUAUCAUUUUAAAAAUAAUUUCUAGUCCAGUGAAGAAGGUUCAUAUGAAGGAAUUUGAGUCUCAGUUUUUACCAAAUCCAUAAAGUGCAGCAGUGUUUGGGCAAACUCUCUUGACAUUUAUUUGCAGUGCAGAUCCCCUUCCGUCACUGAGCUUCACUCUGUCCCACGAAACCUUCCAUGGCUCUCUGAAAGCUCGUUUGUGGUAGAAAAGAAACACUGGAUUUCUGUGUGUGUACUUAUCUACACGUAGGAAGAACGAGCAUUUGCUGUAACCGGUUCAUUUCUAUCACACGUGUGUACUGGUGUCUCUGAGCUCCCGGCCUAAUUGUGGUGGGGAGACUGAUAUGAGCUCUCACCACCAGCCUCCGAGGCAUCCAGGAAAUUAACUGAUAUCUGGACACACCGAUUCAGCUAAGCAGUCAUGUUCUUCAGUAAAGCAAGUUCACAGUUCAUGUCCAGGCCUAGUAAAAGUUAGACUAAAAUGAAGAUGGAAAUAAAUAUUUCACACUCUGUUUAUUAAACAAAUGUGUACAAUAGAGUCAUCUUGUUAAAUAAAAUGGAAAAAUUAUUUUGACAAUAA